AAUAAUGCACUUGUUGAGAUUUUAAAUUUCAUUUUCUGCUGGUUGGAACAUUGUGUUGACGAGGAGGAAUCAAAUUACUGCUCCCUGAAAAGUGAAAGGAGAGUUUGCCUUUCUGAUUAAAUGCUAUAACCACUUGCCAUAGCCGCGCAUCACUCCGUGCGCUUCUUCCGGGAUAAGCUCCCCGUUUCCAAGGUGACUGCGCGCGUGCCGUCAAAUGACAGAAACGAAACUUAAAAGAGCGCUUCCGGUGAAAUACCGAACUCAGCUCAGUCAGGGAGAGCAGCUCGGUUCGGAGGUCCGGUCUGGACCAUUCCGCCCCAGUUCAGCCUUUUUUUUUUUUUUUUAACCAUUUUUACUGCUGGGAGCCGCUGUGAGUUCGGUUCCGGUCCGGACCGGCUGGUGCCGUCCACUUUUAUUCAAUCUACUCGUCCUGAACUUGCUCCAGCGCUCUGAAGGCAUCGCCAUGUUGUCAUCUCUGCAGUCGACCUAUGACCUCGCCCUGGCCUGUGGUCGCUGCUGCGUCCAGGAGAACCAGAUCACCUUCACACUGAGACCUGGCCAGCACCGGUGUGAGCAGCAGGUGUUGCUCUGCAGAGCCAAGGGGGGCGGUGCUUGGAGGCCCGUCUCCAAACGACCAGCGUUUCCAAACCCAAAGCGAUACGAAGUGUGCUGGCACUUCAAGGAGGGCCAUGGCUGCACCGUGCACAAGAACCGCUGCUCCUACGCCAGGAGUGAUGAGGAAGCUGCAGUGUGGACGUUUGAAAAGCAACAUGGGAUAGACCAUCAGCAACUCUGCAGCAUGUUGGCUCAGUCCAAGGGCAACAUUGAACAGAAACCCAGUGCAGGAGAAGCUCAACUAGAUCUGCUGGCUGCUCUGGAUCUGAAGGUCGCUUGUGAUUUAUGCUCCAACCAGGAAAAUGAAGUCACGUACAGCAUCCAGCCGGUCAUCCACAAGUGCAGCAGGAGUCUCCUCCUAGUUAAAGGGAAGGCCUCCAGCCAGUGGAAGGUCGUCUCUGAGCGGCCCACAGGUGCACACAUGGGUCCCGGAGUCGUUUAUAAAGUAUGUGAUUACUUUGUCAAGGGUUCUGGGUGUCCCAAGCACACUCUGGGUCAGGGAUGCACCUACGCCAAGAGCUCUGAGGAGGCCGCUGUGUGGAACCACCUCAGAGAGAAGAAGAUCAGUAAAAGUGAGUUAAUCAGACAAGUAGCCGAGUCGGACCCAGGUCCAGAAACUGCAGAACAGGCAGCUCAGAGCAUUCUCCAGAACUUCUCUGGUAAGUUCAUUGAGUUCUGCAAAGAUUGUUUUCUGGAGCGGCCAACAAAACUGUCGCCAAAGCGGUGGAACGAGACGUGCUCUGCAGACGCAGCUCAUCGCUGGGAGCCGGUGUUGGUGCACCACCUGUCCGACGGUGGCGCCAAGCACACCUUGAGUCAGGUGCGCCCCCCACCCCCCCACCGCCACUUCACCUUCUGCAGCCACGUCAGGCAGGGUAAGCCCUGCUGGCACCCUGCUGGCCACUGCCAGAAGGCCCAGAGCGAGGUGGAGAUGGCCGUGUGGACGGUGGAGCGCAGCGGCCUCUCUGUCCGGCCUCAGCUCCUCCAGCUGAGCCGGCAGCGCCACCCACAGGCUGAGCAGGUCUCCGUCUUCUGCAAGGUGUGCCUCUUGCUGCUGUCAUCCCCAGAGAGCUUCUACAAGCACUGCUGCAGCCUGGAACACGCCCAGCUGCUGGCGCAGGACACCACCACCAGGUGGAGACAACGGCAGCCUCCACACAGCCGCCGGGCAGAGCUGUGGCUCUGUGACAGACCAAAAACCUGCGAAUAUGGGUCCAAAUGCCCUAAAGCUCAUUGUGAGGAGGAGCUGCAGGAGUGGAUAAUGAGAUCUGCAGAGGAAGAGGAGAUCAGAUGCAGCAUUGAGACUCAGGGCCUGAUGUGCUACAACCAGCAGCUUCUGGACGAUUACAGGAACAGCAGCAAUGAAGUCUACGUGCUGUCUGAACAGGUCGAUGAUGUCAGCGUCUCCUGUGAUGAAGAUUUAACAGUGGAGAGAGAAAACAUCUCUGCAGACCUCAGAUGGACCUUCACGGUGGAGACAGAGAGACAGCUGCUGCAUGUGGCUUUACUGAAGCAGGAACCAGGAGCUUCGUUCAGCCUCACUGAUAACAGCUCUGAACCAUGCAUCUACUCUGCAGGCGAAAGGUUCCUCAGCAACAACAUGACCUAUGCCAUCACCGUAUCGUUCACAUCUACACACCCAGGCUUGUAUGAACAGUGGUUGGUGCUAGAUUUUGGAAUUAGACCAGUCCUCUUGAAGAAACUGAAGGUCAGAGUUGGCCAGCAGUUGAUGGAUGACACUAAGGAGCAAGUCUUCAAUAAUGGUGUCAUCCUACAAAGUGCAGAGCGCUGGAAUCGAGGGAACAGGGUUAUAAUACCCUGUUCAUACAGAACAGAAAAACAGGAAGAGUUGAUGAAGGCGUACAAGCCUCCACAGCUAACCCUUCUCUAUAAGCCUUCCUGUUACAGCCAAGCAGCACUGACAGCUGAAAACUACAAGACAAAGAUGCAUGAGUUCCUGUACAAUGAGGAGAGAGCUGAGGACCAAGUGGUUUCAAGACUAAAUGUUUGUGGACAAAUUACAACAAUAACUAGGUUGAGUGAUCCAAAGUUCGGGAUGGAGUUUGCUCGUCAGGGAGAACUUUUCUGUUCAGUUUCCAUCCCUCAUAAGCUGACUAUGGACAGUGCUGAAGGACUGGUACUGAAACGAAACGUCCAGUCAGCCCUGAUAGCUCCUGUAGACUCUCUCCAUCCAAAGUCCAAGGUCUAUGAAGCGAAGGUUCUGAACCUCAGAACCAAUGAGAACCAGAUACACCUACAGCUGUCUAAACAGUGCUGCUCUGAUCUUUCUCUGAAAGACAACCAAUCUUAUCAAAUGGAGGUGCAGUUUCAGUUGGAUCGUCUCAGCUUCUGUACCAUGCACAAAGCCGUAGACCUGCUUCCUGAUACCACCAGAGUCCUGCCAGACCUCAAGCACUGUGGAGUUCCUGUCAGUGAUGUCACCUACGAGAACCUGAACUCCAAACAGCAGUCUGCACUUGGCUUUAUUACGGGGAACCAUGAUGGAGGAAAGUUCACUGCACCUCUGCUCAUUUAUGGACCUUUUGGAACCGGGAAGACCUUCACCAUUGCUACAGCAGCCAUCGAACUUUGCAGGCAUCCGCAGAACAAAAUCCUGAUUUGCACCCAUACCAACAGUUCUGCAGACCUGUAUAUCAGAGAACACUUUCACCCUGCCAUCAGUAAAAAUAACAAACUGAGGCCAAUUCGAAUCAAGGCCAAGAGUGAAAAGGCUCUGUUUGCCACAGAUGAGAUAACCUUAAAAUACUGUUUUCUCUCUGAAGAUAGAAAGUCUUUUCUGCCCCCAAACAAAGAUGUUCUGGAAGACCACAAUGUAGUUGUGACAACAACAACCAUGGCAGGACUGUUUCAUGACCUGAAGCUCGCAGAAGGACUCUUCACCCACAUACUGAUCGAUGAAGCCUCCCAGAUGCUGGAAUGCGAAGCUUUGUUGGCCCUGAGUCUCGCUGGGCCAAACACCAGAGUUAUUCUCGCUGGAGAUCACAUGCAGAUGGGGCCACAGCUCUUCUCUGUGGACGACCACCGUCGUUCAGACUGCACACUCCUCACUCGUUUGUUCCAUUAUUAUCAAGGACAAAAAUGUGACGCUGCCCAGAGCAGCAGGAUCAUCUUUAGUCAGAACUACCGCUCAACCAAAGAGAUUGUGGAGUUUGUCUCCACUCAUUUUUAUGUUGGAAAGGGUGAUGUGAUUGAAGCCUCAGGAGACGUUCCGGCUCCUCCAAAUGAUCACGCUCUCAGGUUCCACCAUGUUCGGGGAGAAUGUGUCUUGGACAUUGUGACUAUGUCUUGGUAUAACAAGCAAGAAUCUUUUAAAGUCACUGAGGUUGUGGAAGACAUUGUGAAUAACUGGCCAACAAACUGGGGGCCCAAGGACCUAAAAUCCAUUUGUGUUCUGUCAGAAGGCUCUCAGGUUCGACAAAUUCGAUCCAUCCUUUUAAGAAAAGGCUUCUCUGAAGUAAAUGUUGAAACUCUCGCAAAUGUCCAAGGCAAACAGUUCAGAGCAGUCAUCCUGACAGCUGUACAAACCCGUGACAGCCUUAAAGAGUCCAACCCGUCUGGCCUGCCUCUCUUCAAUGAUGCUCGUGUUUUAAACACUGCGCUGACCAGGGCUCAGUCUCAGGUGACGGUAGUUGGAGAUGCUGCAGCUCUCUGCUGCUUUGGGAAAUGCUCCAGAUUCUGGCAAAGUUUCAUCAUCCACUGCUUCAGCAACAACAGUGUGGAACCAAAGCAUUAUACUGAAGGUUUUUUUGAACAAGAUGUAGGAGAAACAGUCAGGUUUCAGAAGUUGGAAGAUACAGAUGAGAAAACCAUGUCUGACUCAAUUCUGCAAGAGCUGCGAGACAAAUAUGAACAGAUGAAAACUGAAUAUAGUUCAGAUGAAGAGAGUUUGGAGUCUGAAGACUUUACCCACCAGAAGUUUGGAAAGUCUUUCAAAGUUUCUAGUGAACAAGAACUGAUAGAGUUAUGUGAAAAACAACCAGAGUUAUUCAAGAAAGGAAAGUUUGUGAAGGAGUCUUAUAACAGAGGACAUGUUGUAACAUUUCAUAAACCCACCUUGCGCAUACAUGUUCAAGGGAGAUCCAACAUGGGAAGGGCUUUCACCGGGGAUGAAGUGGUCGUACAAACAGCCAGGGGAGGGCAGCCAGCUAGAGUUCUUGGUAUUGUCAAGGAAAAAGAAUCUGCCCGUGAAUUUGUAUGCUUCCUCGAGGAAGAAGAUCACUCCAAGAGACCUGCAGCUACCGGUAAUAAGUUUGUAAAAAGGGUAAUGAUGCCCGUCAACAAAAAUGCACCUAAAAUAACCAUUCUCCUCCUGGAACAAAGACGCAACUUUCUACCAGUAUGGGAGGAAAUCAGUGGAUACUGGACCAUCAUAAGAUCUCACCAUAUCCGUGAGGUCAGGGACAAGGCUUUUGUAGUGCAGGUAAUUGGGUGGAAAGAGCGUUGUCUUUACCCUUUGGGAAAAGUCACAGAUAUUCUCCCAACCAGUGGGCCUCUUAAUGACAGACUUUGGUUGCUGAAAGAGGAAUUUGAGGUCAAAGACACUAAUUUGGAUACAUAUGAAGGUCUUCCAAAUAAAGAUAAAGACAGUGAAAAGAGGCAGGAUGAAACUGAAACAAUCACAUUUACAGUUGAUCCACUAGGAGCAAAAGAUCUGGAUGAUGCCAUCAGCAUUAGAGAUACUGGAGACCAUUAUGAGCUGGGAGUCCACAUUGCAGAUGUGGCAAGUUAUGUGAGUCCAGGUGAUGAACUAGAUAAGCAUGCAGAAGAACGAGGCUCUACACAUUACCCAGGAGGAGAACCUAUUCAUAUGUUCCCUGGAAACUUGAGCACUGGCCAGUUCAGUCUUCUGCCGCAUCAGGAUCGCAGGGCGGUCUCCUUGAUGCUCAAAGUGGAAAAAGAAACACACAAGAUUUUUGAAGAUCCAAAAUUUCAGCUGUCCAUGAUCAGGUCCAAAAGACAGUUUACUUAUGAAGAGGCAGAAGACAUCAUCACCCAAAGAUACAGAGAUCCUCCUGCAUUCAGCACAGAGGAGGACGGUGUCACUGUGGCCUACCACUUUGCUAAAGUUCAAAGGAAGUUAAGACUGGGGAGAGAGUGGGCUUAUUACCAGGGUGAUGAUGACAGUUCGCCUGGGAAGCGUAAAGCCCACCAGAUGAUUGAAGAAAUCAGUCUGCUCUUUAACAACUAUACAGCAAAAUACUUAUGUGAGUCCAAAGCCAGAUAUCACACACCGCUCCGCUGUCAGAGCAGCCCAGACCCUGAGAAGCUAGAAACAUUCAAAGAGAAAUGUGGAGCAUUAAUACAACUGUCUUUUAGUGUCAACCAUGAUGAAAUGACUGUGCCUAACUCUGAGCCAAGCACUGAGCGUUUCCCCAUUCUGGAGACUGUGUGGAACGACAUCCAGUCAGCUCUGAGAGAAAACGAUACGGACAAACUGGUGGACCUUGUGGGUGCGGAUGACUUCUACCCUCUGCUCCAACCCGUUAUUUACGAGUUACAACGCUGCAGAAGCAAAGCAUAUUUAAUCCGUUCAAAAUCCUCUGAAGCAGCAGAGGUUGGACAUCAUUCUCUCAAGCUGAACCCUUACACACAAGCCUCCUCACCAAUAAGACGUUACAUGGACCUCAUCUUACAGAGGCUCCUGCACUCUUUCAUAUGUAACGAUGCUCUCCAGUACACUCGUACUAAGAUUACAGAUCUGUGUCAUCAGUUUGACCCCAAUUCAAAGAAAGUUAGGCAGUUUGAGCAAAAGGCUCAACAGGUCUUUUAUGCAGUGAGCACACAACAGCAGAGUGCACCAAAGCUAGCCUUUGUUGUUUCUGCAGAUCCGGAUGAGGAGAGCUUCAAGGUGUUCUUUCCAUUCAACAGGAACAUAUUUCGUCUGCCUUUGUCCGUUAUGUUCAGUGAGUUACAGUUAGAGGACCAACCAACUUAUGACUCUGACAAAAAAUACAUUAUGCUCAAAUGGAAAAGGCGGAUAUAUGCAGCGGAUGAGAGGGUGAUCCACCAAGAGUUGAUCAAGAUGUCAGGUCGUGGUCCAUGCAUUGAGAUUCCUCUGACAGUUUGGACAGCUGUAAUUGAAGCAGUUCAAACAGAAAAUCUGGAUCAGGCCAAGUCCCUUCUGAUGGAUACCAGACCAUGUGAACCAGAAAACCUGGACCAGUCCAAGUCCCUUCUGAUGGAUACCAGACCAUGUGAACCAGAAAACCUGGACCAGUCCAAGUCCCUUCUGAUGGAUACUAGACCACGUGAACCAGAAAACCUGGACCAGUCCAAGUCCCUUCUGAUGGAUACCAGACCACUUGAACCAGAAACAGAAGAUUCACUAUCUGUUUUCCAGCACUAUGCUGACAUUGAUCUUCACCUGCAGCCAGGUGGCACCAUGCAGGUGCAAAUGACAUCAGAAGGGAGUAGAGGUUGUCACAUGCCUGUUAUUCAGCUGGUGCAGAUUAAACCAAUGUUUGAGAUUUGUGUCCAACAUGUCCACAACCCCAUCUCAUGUUAUACACAGUCAGCACAAGAGCCAGCAAAGCCUUUCUAUAAAGACACAAAACAAUACAUGGAGAUCUGGAAACCCAUCUGUGAGAUGGAAUCUGCAGUGAAUGCAGUGGAGGAAAGUGACAGCAUCAUCAUUGAGAACCUGGAGGUAAAGUUCACUCAGUGGCUGGAAGACACCAUGACUGGAAAAUUCUUCUUACAUCAGAAAUGGAUCACAGAUUGGGUCAUUGAAUGUGACCUUGGUAAAUGCUUGCUUUGCAUUCGGAAAAGAGGUCUGAAAUUGCCUUUACCUCUAGAACAUUCUGCACCGGUCGACCCAAAAGAGUUUACUUGGGUGGCUCAUGGUUUCACAACUAAAGUAGAUUCUAGAAAAACUGGAAGUGAGGUGGAUUUCCAUGUCAGUCACCUGCCAAUGAAACGUGUUCCUGAAUGUGUUUUUAAGAGAAAUACUCUUUUCACUGCCGAGAUCAUCCCAAAGCUCCUGCCUGACAUCCGGAAAGAAGCUGCUGUUCUCAACCUCGAAACGGCAUGUGACCUAGUCAAGAGGAUUGCACUAGGCCAUAAGAUUCCCAAAAAAGUUAUGCCAAGCAGUGUGCUGAAACACCAGAUCGCCAGGAAAAAGUUGCCAGCAAAACUGCCAGAGCUUAAUGACAGUCAGCUUCAAGCGGUUGCAGCUGCUCUAAAUAACAGGUUUACCCUGAUACAAGGACCACCAGGAACUGGGAAGACGGUGGUGGGCGUGAAUAUUGUGUACUGGUUUUUUGAGAUGAACUCCAAAAACCCCAGGAUAUCUGAAGACCGAAGAGACAAAGACAAAAAGGAAGUCAUUCUCUACUGCGGUCCAUCCAACAAGUCAGUGGACGUUGUUGCAGAGUAUUUGAUGAGGUUUAAGAAUAGUCUUCGGAUCCUCAGAGUCUAUGGCCAGCAAGUAGAGAACGUUGAAUACCCUUAUCCAAACAGUGACCUGCAGUUUUCCCAAAGGUCACUUCGCCAGGACAAGUCCAACCCAGAGCUCAGGAGCAUCACUCUGCACCAUCGCAUCCGUGAGCCGCAAAACCACUUUUCAGAAAAAAUCAAACAAUUUGAUGAACGGAUUAGGCUCAAGGAAGUCUUGACUCUUGAGGAAGUGAAAGAAUACAGGCGCAUUCUCAAAGAAGCUCGGAUUCUUGAGCUGAAGAGACAUGACAUCAUACUGUGCACGUGCACACAGUCAUCCACCCCCAUCCUCUCCUCCACCGUCAGUGCACGUCAGAUCCUGAUCGAUGAAAGCGCAAUGGCCACCGAACCCCAGACUCUGAUUCCGUUAGUCUGCAACAAUCCCGAACAGGUGGUGCUGAUUGGGGACCACAAACAGCUUCAGCCAAUUGUGAAGAACCAGAGUGUGAAGAAGCUGGGGAUGACCAGGUCUCUUUUUGAGCGCUACUACACCAGGCUCCAUAAAAACACGGCUGUGAUGCUGGACACUCAGUACAGAAUGCACGAGGGCAUCUGUGAGUUUCCCUCAAAGCAAUUUUAUGAGAGCAAGCUGAAGACGGGUGAGGAGCAGCCGAGCAGCCUCUUGCGUGUUAACGGCAAGACGAUGCCGAUCGUGUUUGGACACGUUGAAGGAAAAACUAUUCGUUUGGUGGUGAAGACUGCAAAGGGCAACAACAAAUCUAAAGUCAACCACAGUGAGAAAGAGAAAGUGACACAGAUUGCUGAAAUGCUCGUAAAAGCAGGAGUGGAUGAGAGGAGCAUUGUGGUUCUGUCUCCUUAUAAUGCCCAAGUAGCAGAGAUCCGAGAGGAGCUGACCAAGAUGAAACUGGGAGGAAUUACAGUGACCACCAUCACAAAAAGCCAAGGUAAAAGUUUCUCUAGGACCAGAUCCAGGGUCUCGUUUACGAAACACUGCUUAGCAUCUACGUCAAGAGUCUACAUGGCUUGGUUUGUAGACCAUACUUGGUCCACCAGGUGCAGAGGCUUCGGUCCUCCAAUCUGUUGGGGUUAAAACCAGUGACCUCUUUUUUCAGUAACAAGGAAUCUAACACGUUGCUAUUUCAAAUACAGUAAUCAGACUUCAGUCACUGGGUCAUAUAUUAGCUGUGAACGAAGUCGAGCUUCGCGUUGCACUCCAGAAAACCGCAAACAUCGAGACUAAUAUGAACAGCGUAAAAAACGUGAAAACAGCCACGAAUGGACGAGUCAGUGAAG